UCAAAUAAACAUAAUUUUUCCUCAUUUUGUGUUUUCAGAUUCAGCUUUGACCCAAUUUCACCAAGGAUUAUUACACAUGCAGAGCCACUUUGCAUAGGAGAUUCAUUCCACUUUUCUAUAAAUCAGUGUGAAUAUCACCACACUUCAUACAACAGCUGAGCAGGACCACAACAUCACAACAUCAUGACCGUUGCUGGGCACGUUCUUGUGUCGGUUGUAAUGGCAUUUGCCGGUGUUUCUGGGAACAUGUUCAACCUCAUUUUCACCAUACAGCAGCACCUAAAGUCUAAGAAGAUCCAGACUGUUGGUUUGAUCUUAAGCAUCAUCUCUGUCAACAAUAUUGUCUUGGUCAUCGUCAUUCUCAUGUUGGUGUUGAGCGUCUUUAUUGUUCCGACUAUCUGGUGUAUUAGGCCAUAUCCUUUUUUUCUCCGCACUGUGAUAUAUCUAAUGUUGAACUGCAGUUGUAUCAGCUUCUGGAGCAUCGCUUGGCAAAGUCUCUUUUACUGUAUCAAAGUUGUGAACUUCUCCUCUGAGUUCCUCAUAUCACUGAAGAGGAACAUUUCCACCGUCAUCAACACCGCAGUGCUACUGAGUUGCUCGGGUUUCUCAGUGUUCUUCUUACCGAUUUUCACGCUCGACCUCCCGGCAACAGACACCAGAAAUUUUUCUACAAACUACAGCCUGAAUGCCACUCUGAAUGCAACCUGCCCGAACCCAACCUUCUUUGUGAAAAUUGACGAAAUGGCAUAUAUAGUCGCCGCUCUGUUUUUUCUCUGCCCCAUUCCCCUGAUGAUCAUGUUGCCCACCUCUCUCAGAAUGGUGGUCCACUUGUGUGCCCACACGCUGGCACUCCGGAAGAACCAGACGCAGGUGCAGGGUUCCGACUCGUACGUCCUGGUGUGUAAGCUCACCAUCUCCCUGGUGGGGGUUUAUCUGACCACUUUAUUUAUUGUGUUUUUGUUUAUGGUUAUAAGGAUGAUGGAGGGAACUAUCACCUACCUCACUUUAGCUUUUGCCUUUAGUUUUUAUGGUGCCAUGUCGUCUGUCAUUCUGACAGCUUCAAACAGGUAUCUCAAAGAGAAGCUCUGGAGUCUGUUCUGUUGUAGGAAAGCACAGGAACCUACUACCAAAAGCCAGACAUGUGAAACAGUAGACGGUUGAUAUAUACCUAACUACAGGACGCUUGAUGUAGUUUAUUGUCAAAUUCUCUUGAUUAAUCUCAGUUUUACUGUUUGAAUAUCUUCUUAAAUUUGCUGAAUUGUAGUGAAGUAAAACUGUAAAUAUUCAUGUAUUAACAACAUAUGUUCUUUUGUGUCAGCUGAGGAAAAAUUAAGAAUCCAUUUUUUAAUUAUUUCCAGUUGUACUAAAUGUUCUAUUUUAAGUUACGAGUUUAGGGAAAAUUAUCAUUUUUAUUUCAUUCUGUGAACUGCUAACAAGAUUUCUACCAAAAUGUCAAAAACAAAUAGUUUCUAUUUUGAUUUAUUUACAAUAAACUGAAACUUGAGAAACAGGUCAAAAUAACAAAAAAGAUGAUCUGUAUUUUUUCAGAACUCAGUACUGCAAAGAGAAAUCAUUCAUAUUCACUUUUAAGCAAUACAAGGAUUUGAACAUGCAUGAAAAAUAUAAAAAAUAUUGUUUUAUGUGAUAACCUCGAUUCUUGUAACAGUUUUCAUGGGUCUUGUCAUUCUGUCUAUUUCACAUUGCUGUCAGAUGAAUUUGUCACUCCUGAGGUUUGAUUUUGUCAAACUUCAACAGACAAUACAUCUAGAAAUACUGAUUCAAUGAAAAAUUGGAAUGGUCUCUUAAUAUUUUCCAUGGCUUUAUGUUCUUGUGCUAGUGAUCAAUUAAUGAAAUAUUUAUUUUUAUAACAAUAUUUGGUAAGACUUUCCUUAAAGCAUGUAUGUAUAAUGCAUUAUAAGGAGUUAUUAAAGGGUAAAAUGCAUUAUAAUUCUUCAUAAUGUGUGUUGUAAUGCAUUAUAUGUAGUUAUGUAAAGAAUUAUAACCAAUCUAAAACGUAACAAUGAAUUGCUAAGUGUUGUAAUGUAUUAACUGUAAUUACAAUUACAUUACAAUGCAUUUAAAGGUGCAUU